CAGGUGUGAGAAUGAGAGGAAAGUUUACAUACUGUAUGUAUCAUGCAGCAAAAGCACAUUCUGUGUUCUCACAUGUGCUAUCCAGAGUUCCCAUCAUUAACAAGCAAAUAAAAAGGGGAAAGUUCAGCAUUGUGCUGCCACAUAAAACAACACCAACAAGAGUUGUCCCAAGCUUUAUACAAAAACCUCCAUAUGCAAUAACGGGAGUGGUAGGACCAAAGCCAGUAGAAAUUGAAAUCAAAAAUGAGGAACAAAUUCAUACUAUGAGAAAUACAUGUCGACUUGCUAGAAAAAUUCUUGAUUCUGCAGGAAAACAGUUAAAGGUUGGAAUGACAACAGAUGAGAUAGAUGAAUUUGUACAUGAGAUGUGUAUAGAUAAUGGAGCUUAUCCAUCUCCACUUCUGUAUAAUAACUAUCCCAAAUCCAUCUGUACCUCGGUCAACAAUGUGGCAUGUCACGGCAUACCAGAUCUCCGGCCACUAGAGGAUGGAGACAUCGUAAAUGUUGAUGUGACGAUCUAUAAAGAUGGCAUGCAUGGCGAUGUCUCCAAAACAUACAUGAUUGGCUCAGUGGAUGAAAAAGCCAGGCAAUUGGUUCAGGUCACUGAACAGUGUCUGCAUGCAGGUAUACAGCAGUGCAGACCAGGACAAAAAAUUAUUGCCAUUGGAACUGCUAUCAGAGAUUUGGCGCAGUCACAUGGGUUUUCCAUUAUUCCAGCAUUCUGCGGACAUGGUAUAGGAUCAGUCUUCCACUCACCACCAGAAAUCAUGCAUAUUCCUUUAGAAGAUUUCGAUUCACAGCACUUGAUAAUGAAGGAGGGGAUGACUUUCACUAUUGAGCCAAUUUUGUCAGAGGGAACCGAUAUGGUGGCCAUUUUGGAGGAUGAUGGAUGGACAGCGGUCUCCGAGGAUGGAAGUCGAUCGGCACAAUUUGAACAUACGAUUCUUGUGACUUCUGACGGAUGUGAAAUAUUAACCGUGUCUGAGGAAGAAUUUCUGUAUGGGAAUAAAAAGAAAAUAAUGUGUGAUACUCUAUAGUGUUCUGAGCAACUAAAGAAGACUUAAUUUUCCAGCAUAGAAUAAUACAACAUUUUAUAAGUCAUGAAAUAAAAUGUGUGUUACUUUUCCACACAAUGUCUUUGACAAAGAAACAAGAUUUUUACAGUGAAAAGUGGAAUUUUAAU